AUGCUAGCCGUACAGCAACCGCCACCACCAGCACUUGUCUCCACAGCGCUGCCGGUCGAAUCGAUUGCACGUGCACUGCCGGACCAGGUGCCCGAAAACGCACCCGCCCACUGCCCGGGCACCGAGUCCGAGCAAGCGGGCAAAGCAGACGCCUGCGCUGGCUGCCCUAACCAAGAUGCGUGUGCUUCCGCGCCCAAAGGACCCGACCCAGAUCUGCCAGUGAUCAAGGAGCGCAUGUCGAGGAUCAAACACAAGAUCCUCAUCAUGUCUGGCAAAGGUGGCGUGGGCAAGAGCACUUUUACUGCGCAACUGGGGUGGGCGUUCAGCUCGAGAUUCUCGGGGCAUUUCGACUAUGAUGCAGCAGAAACAGCGGAGGAAGCCGAACAAGAGGAGGUCAAGCAUGCACCGGCAGAAUCGGAUGCGGAAGCAGCGGUAGAGAAGCAAGUGGCUAUCAUGGACAUCGACAUUUGCGGGCCCUCGAUCCCCACCAUUCUCGGCUUGGCCGGACAAAGCAUUCACUCGACCUCGCAAGGUUGGUCGCCCGUCUAUGUCUCGGACAACCUUUGUGCGAUGAGUAUUGGCUUCCUGCUGCCCUCGGCCUCAUCCGCCGUUAUCUGGAGAGGUCCCAAGAAGAACGGUCUCAUCAAGCAGUUUCUCAAAGACGUUGAUUGGACCGCUGGUCUCGAAGACGAAGAAGAAGAAGACCAACUACGCGAUCAAACAAACGCUACAGCUGACGCAGCACCGCUGAUCGACUACAUGCUCAUCGACACUCCACCCGGUACAUCGGACGAACAUCUCUCGAUCGUGUCGUACCUCAAGGAGUCCGGCAUCACGGGCGCGAUCCUGCUCACCACGCCGCAAGAAGUCUCGCUGCAAGACGUACGCAAGGAAAUUUCGUUCUGUCGCAAGAUGAACGUGCCCAUCUUGGGCGUGGUUGAGAAUAUGGCCGGGUUCGUGUGCCCGAGCUGCACUGGGUAUAGCGAGAUCUUCUACCCGAGCACGGGCGGUGCGCGCGCGCUGUGCGACGAGCUCGGGCUGAACUUUUUGGGCUCCAUCCCGUUGGAUCCGAGGAUUGGCAAGAGCUGCGAUUUGGGUGUCAGCUUUACAGACGAGUACCCGGACAGCCCGGCGACCACGGCGUAUCUCGAGGUGAUUGAGAGAGUGCGCAAACUCGUCGAUUAA